AUGUCGUUGGAGCAGCCAACUUCGGCCACUCCGCCCGCUCCACCUUUAACCCGCGACAGUCCAGGCAUCGAGAGUGAUUACUGUAGUGAUUACGGUAGCUUAUCAUCGACCACAGACCCACUGAGUUUAGAAUCUCAUCGUCAGAACUCAAUGUCAAUGAAAAGCGACGAUUUUGGGGUUUUGGAACAACUAAUGAACGAAGUUGGCAGCGAGUUUGGAUUUGUGUUGGAUAGGAAUGGCACAAUCGAAAUGGUCGUUGGCAAGACUCAACCGUUCUUUGGAAAUGUGAGUUUUGAUAUAAUAGUAUGAUAUUGGGUUUUCCGCAUAAUUCUGUGUCUUUCUUGCUUUACGAGGGGACACAUAAUUAUUUGAAUAACUUACUAUAUGCUUGAUAAAAUUUUGUUAUAUUGUGAUGAAUAAGUGCUUUUCCUGGACGUAUUUUACUUUAAUUUUUAUUUUUUAGAUCCAAAUUGAAAAGCAGAAGCUUUUGAAGUUUGUGGCGCCAACUGAAUAUCAAAAAGUGUGUGGACUACUGCCUUCGGCUGCUAGUUGUAAGCUUUUUUGCAUUUAAGGUUGUUUAAGUAAUUCUGUGUUUUCUAAUUUUUUGUUUAAAAUUUUUAAAAUUAUUAAAAAUUUUAAAUUAUUUUGAAGUAUAAUAAAAAAUAAAAUAACUUUUUAAAAAAUUUGUAAAAAGCAAAAGUAACUUUAGUUAUUGAUCGUAUUUUACAGCCUCUUCAAGAAAGUCGUCCAGCCUGAUCUUUUGUUCACAAGAAAAGACCAAGCCCAAUUUGGAAAUGGAAAUUAUUUCACAGCUAAUAAGCGCUAACGCUGACAAUCCUGAAAGUAAGUUUGUACAUACUUUGUUAUUUUUAAUCAUUUUGUUUUACUUUGGUUUACUCUUUAUAUUUAAAAGGCCUUGGUCGUUCGGCAAAAUAUUUUAAAUAAUUUUUUUAAAUUUUUUAGGCUAGGUUUUCAUUUUCACUCUAAAUUGAAAUAAACACUUUCAGAAGGCCCAUGUGUUGUGUGCGUUGCAAAGCGAUUAGUUGCGAAUGUUGCCGAAGUACCUCAAGCAUGUCAAGAGUCUCGACGUCAAAUUUCGUUCAGUCUUUCGGUCGAUAAAACUUCCAAAAUUGUUAAACAAGCUGAUCUCAGGUAAGGUUUUCCAAAAAAAAACUUUAAUUAUCGUAUUUUACUAUCACAUAUACAAAACUUGAUAAAGUUUAUGCUUAUUCUAAGCAUUGGCGAAUUCGGCGGAGGCUGAAAAAAGUGAUUUCCAACUGAAAAUAGGGGUAUUUCGGCAUAUCAAUACAGUUUUUUAAACAUUAAGAACAACCUUAAAAUGCAGUUAAAAAAUCUGAAAUUUAAAUCAAAAAUUUGUAUUAAUCUUUACUACCACUGUACUAAAACUCAAAGCUUUGGCGGUGGUCUUUCAAAAGUUAUGAGCUAUUUCUAAAAACGCAGUUUGGUGAACUAAAUGUACGUGAAUUUAUAUAUAAUAAGUUUAAAAAUUGAAAACGUUAAACCAAAGCAAAUUUAAUAUAUGUGGUGGUAAAGUACAUCAACUAAAGCUUUUGUACCGAAAACUUGUUAUACCAAUUCCAGGAUGGAGCCCAAGUUAUUAAGCGUAUCUCAACUUCUAGACAAAUCAAUAUAUGAGUUGUGUUACAAAACCUCGAAAGAUGUGAUAGAUACCAUAGUAGACGCAGUAACGCCUUGUCAAGCUAAGCUAGUUUUUGUUGUGAAUGAGUACCAAAUGGUUAUGGAUAUCGCCAACUUCUUCGACCCAUCUUCACCUCAAGUCAGACUUGAGUGCAAUGGGUAAGAAAAUAAAGUUUUUGCCGUUUUGAUGAACAUUUAGCUUUUUUUGAAAAAUAAAAUUUUGGAAACAAAGUUUUUGCAUUUAUUUUUUCAUUUCUUUAUUUAUUUUUGCCAGUUUGAAAUUUUUUUAUUUUUUUAAACUUCAAAUUUGUAAACAAAGUUUUUGCGAUUUCCAGCUACUACGAAGUUCAUCAAGACAAUCUGAUACUAAAAGAUGACAAAAUGGAUACUGUGUUUGUGUCACAGCCUCAACUAGAAAUUGUGACACAACACAUUACCACGCCCGCCCAAUUUAUUCAAAAUUUUGAUGGAAUGGGCAUGGUAAAUGGCCAAAUUGAGGCUGAACAGCCGGCUAAAAAGCAGCGGUAAGCUUUUUUAAAAUUUAAAAUUUUUUUUUUAAAUUCAAAUUUUAAUUUUUUUUAUAUAAUAUUUCCUUUUUUUACAAUUUUUUUUUAUUUUAAAAUAAAAAAAAUUUAGAAAGCCCCGAAAGCCUCGUUCGCCGAGUUCAACGCCGAAGCGAUCCCGGUCGAAGAAGGCCAAAGAUCCUGAGCCAGAGCCUCAAGUCUUCAAUCAGUUCGAAGCCCAAGACCCAAUGAAGGCUAUGAUCCAAGGGCAAGCUUAUCAAGGACUGGAUGGGAACUUCUACUACCAACAGAUGGGACCACCUCCACCUUAUACUCAAACUGAAGACUUUGGGGACACGAAGCCAAAAGGCAGGGCAAAGAAGGCCAAAAAGACUAGGUGGGUCUAUAGUACUGUAACACAGGAAUAAAAAAGGAAAAUUUUUGAACCUUUGCGCUGUAGGUGGGCUACAGUAACAUAAAAUUAACCAAAGUAUAAAUAAAAAACAUAUUUUCGAAAGUAAAACAGCAUAUUCAAAAUACAGUAUACUAAUGCUCACCUUACAACGAAAGCUUUAUUGACCCCUUAAAAAUACGUGACAUAUCACAAGUUAUGAUAGAAAAGUACGAAGGUAUUACCAUGGUUACAGUAGCAAGUACUGGACGGUGAUUUAGAGCACGGUGCACGACUUUUUCUCUUGGAAAGGGUUGUGGUCACCUGGGCCGCUGACCAAGCAAUCACCUCCUUUCUCUUUCUCACAGUAGUCAAUUAGCCUAAAGUUGGCUGUGAUUGAUUGACAAAGAGUAUAAUUAUCGUGCAGUAAAGAAUUUUACAUAAAUUAAAAAAAUAUAGGUCUUCUGAAAGCUUGUUCUUUAUUUUGGUCCAAAAUAUUAGGUUGUGUAAAAAGUAAUGAGCCGUUGGACUUUAUAGCGCUAUAAGAUAUAUAGCUCAUUACUUUUUAUACAAGCAGUAGAUCAUUACUUUCUAUACAACUUGUAGCUCAUUAUUUUUUAUACAACUUAAUAGCCAUGAAACAUGUAGCUCAUUACUUUUUACACAAUAUAUUAUUAAAAAAGUUAAGACAAAAAGUUUAAAAACUGAGGAAAACAUACUCUUUGGCGACAUCAGAAACCUUCAUACGAUUGAUGGCAGCUUCAGCACGAAGUUGUUCGGUUGUGGCCUUGAUUUGCUCCAUUUUUGAAAAAGUUUUGAUAAGUGAAGCUGCUAAAAUUAAAGUUUUAAAUUUUUUAACCUGAAGUGAGCUUUCACGUAGUUAAGCAAACACGUAAUGAGUUCGACACUGUUUUCAAAAAAUUUAAUUUUUUUUUAAAUUUUGAAAUAUUUAGCAAAAGUAUGGUAAAAUACGUUAUAUUCAACUCCAACACAACAUUUAUGUCAACCGAAAGCCAUUCCUUUCAAUUUUUAAACUCUAAACUACUGUUUCAACCAAAACCAUCCCUUUAAACCAAAAAUAAAACCAUUUCCUGAAAGGUGUUACCCAAAAUGGCGUACCUUUCGGCCGGCUAAACGAUGUAAAAUAACUCGGAUUACAUAACCUAUGGGACUUUGUAAAGCUGUCGCUAUGACAACAAACAACAAUUGCUUUUAAUUGUCUCGGCCUAAAUUGAGUGUCCACACGCCAUAAGACAUUGUAGUUGGUACGGUAACCGUAUUGUUUUGUAUGGGGUUUGGAACGUACAAUAACAAUGUUACAGUAGGAAAUGAUGAGGCGUAAUUACAGUAGGAACAAUAUAACAAGAUGGAGUUACAGUAGGAAAGGUACGGAAAAGAAAUUUACAGUAUUAACUUGAAAUAACAUUUGUAUGGCAAAGAAAAUACAGUAUGACAUAAAACAGUAUGGCUUAAAAGGAUUAAAAGACUUUAUGACAUACUACUGUAAGCCUCAAAAACGUUAAAAUACAGUACAAUUUAUAGAAAGUAAGCGGGAAUUAUUUGCUAUAGAAUAAUACGAAAUGAAAUAAAGUUACAUAAGAUAACAUCAUAGUAAAGUGAUGAGAAGCUACAUACUUAUAUAUUGUAGUAAGCAUCGUGAUAAAAAAUGGUACAAAAUAAACAUAGUAAUAUAUUACAGUAUUCUCCUACAAUGUUUUUAAACAUAACAAAGUUGACAUCAUCUACAUUCAUGAUUAAGCUAUAAAAAGCAGAAAAAUGUACAGUACAACUUUUUUACAUUUUAAUAAUGUUUUGCUAAAAGAUAAUAAAAAUAUACUGUAGCUUACUGUAGUCUACUUAAAGGUGACCAAAGACAUACUGUAAUUUGUUGUACCUACUAAACGUUAUUCAAGAAUUUCAAAAAUACAGGCACAAAGUAAAUAAUAAAAAAUUGACAAGAGUAAUAUUGUUUUUGUUUAGCACGGCUCAACCACCACAGAAUGUGCCAGUAAAUCAGUUUAUUUACCAAAAUCAACCAAUGGAAAUGCAAUUUAUGAACGGAUAUCCAAUCCAACAAGACUUCACUGCCACUGCUAAUGGGGAUCAAAGGUUGGUUAUUAUUGCUCAAGGGUUAGAGUAG